AUGUACUUGUGUCUAUUUAAUGAUGUAAGGAGCCAAAAACAUAUGUCAUUACUUUCAACCACUUCAAAGAAUCUUUUCUCUCAGUAGCUAGCAUCCGUCGUGAAGAAUUAAAUUGUUAAUUCCUAGUCUUUCACCUAAUCUGGAUUGAACGCCUCUUAUGAAUUUGAUAUUUGCCACGAAUACACGAUUUCUUUUUUUAUCAAAGCAACCUUGGCAAUCCCUCGUUUGUGAUUUCUAUGGAAUUUUCUAAUUAAAUUUUCGAAGAGUUGUUUUGGAUGUGAAAUGACGCCCAAUUAUUGCAGAUUUCAAUUAUCGUUGAUGAACAAAACUCUCACUGAUUUUCCAACUAAUUCUCGGCCGAUGACAGACACGUCGGCUUCAAAAUCAGAACGAAUACGCUACUUGAUUCAAGCCUCGUGCGCGUAAUCUUGGGAACUAAACAUUAAAAUCUGCAACACCAGAAAACAAAGAAACUUCUCUCGGGUUCCUCCAAUAGCAGCGAAGAAAAAAUCUCUAGAGAUUAUUAAAAGGAUUUUUCACAAGACAGGUUUAAUUUUAAUGAUCCUUCAAUGAAAACCGCAGUUUCACUUCUUUCAUAUCAAGCACCUCACGAUCAAAAAAAUAACCUGGAACUAGUUGGCCGUCAGAAAUAAGACGUGAUUUUAAACCAAGUGAUCACCUUAGGCAUCUAGGAGAGAGCACUUUAAGAAGAAAGCUUGACUAAUCUUCGGGCAAUUCGUUUUAGGAGCAGCUGCAGAAGAGGGCCUUAUAUGUAAUACGCUGUCGCAAGAACGAGUCGAGCAACGACUGAAUAUGGGAAACAAAAACACAACAACAGAGGUUAACAGUUACACUUUAGAACCAGUCAGCCCCAGAACCUUUGUUGCUUUGAUAGUAUCCUGGACUUUGCUGGGACUUGUCUCGGCGGGAUUAAACAUUCUCGUCUGCGCAAUGGUGUACUUCAAUAAGAAACUUCGCACUAUGACGAACUAUCUAGUCGUUAGCUUGUCAGUGUCAGACUUGCUUGUAGCAAUCGUAUUUGUUCCGGUGUAUAUUAUCGACCACUAUGCUAAAACUAUAAUCGGUGGUUAUUUCGUGGCUUUCAUCCUGUUAGCGACGGUCUUCAACCUCUGCGGCGUAACAUACGAGCGUUAUAUCGCGUUAACACGACCGUUCCGUUACCGAACUAUCAUGAGCUGCCAAAAGGUGUCCACGAUCAUUGCGAUUUCGUGGAUCAUUCCUUUGCUGUUAUCGCUUCUUCCAUUGGCAUGGAACACCGACGUGAAGUCCACCAUUCACAAAGUGUACCUGGCGAUUGUUUUGGUGACGUGCAUCUUCGUCCCGUGUACGACCAUGGUUUGUGUUUACAUGCGCCUACUGCGAGUCGUCCACCGGUUUGUGCUGAGAAACAAGAAGCGAACAUCCAAAGGAAACGCCACUGGACAUCGAGCGGGUAACGACGAGAAAGCGGCGCGCGUGUUCGCCAUCGUGCUCGGGAUGUUUCUUCUUUGCUGGCUGCCCCUGAUUUACAUUAACAUCUGUUUGAUAUUCGACCAGAAUCAGCUUGUCACUAACGAGCUGAUUUUCAUCUCCUUUUACACGUUGGUCUUAAACUCAAUCCUGGAUCCUGUUAUCUGCGCUUUUUACAAGAAGGAUUUCCAUGAGAUGAUGAAGAAACGGUUAAAGUUGAAAUGUUUCUCCCAAGAAGAAAGCGGCCUGCAGGGCAAACUGGAUUCUGAUAUGGCUUUAAGAAAAGUUUCUACCAGAAGCAAGAUCGUCGCGGAAGAGACAGACAUAGGACCAAAGACAACCACCUUCGUAUAAGUCUGUCACAAACUUUGAGAGACAUGUUGGUUUAUUCUUAAAAGUAUAAAAAGUUUACCGUGAUAGUAAAAACAAGUACAUAGAAAAUCUAAAGGUCGUUAAAAACUGAUAAUUUGUUUUUUUUUUGAGGAUGUUCGCAAACUGGCAAAUGAGUUUCGAUCAAUUUUUGUGGAGAUAGACUAAUGUGGAAAAAUUAUUGUUAAUAUAUCGUCAAUUCUUCAAGUACAGAAUUCUUGUGGACAUGUUCAUUUAAACGUCCAAUCUCCACUAUAAAACAAAGCUAUUUAAUGUAUUUAUAAAGUGUCCUUCAAGAAAACUCCUCAAAUAGGUAUUUAGUUUGUCGCUAAUACAAAACAACUGCAUUAACGAGUUUAUAUCAUAUAUUAGCUCAGUCGAAAUUCGCAAAUAAACUCAACAUGUGUUCCAAAAUUGAAAGGAACGUGGUUUUAGUAAAUUACAUAUAUGAGGCUGUGAUUUUCAAGUGAUAAUUACAAUUACAUUGAGACUAUUUACUGCUUUUAUAGGAUAUCUCCGAAAUGCUAACAAGUGCAAAGAUUCGCACUGGUGAAAUAGCUAUUUUUAUGAGUUGCCUUUGUAAAUUGGCGAUGUAUUGGAAGAAAGGAGAUAAUUACGAUAUUUCAUAACGAUACAACGUUGGUGCGAUGCCCCAAAAGGUCAUUAUGGCCUAAUCUGACUGGAACAAUAUAUUCCGCAUUUGUAGAGCUAAUGCAAUUUGAAUUCUAUUUUCGAAUUGUCCGAAACAAAAAGAUUAGCUAAUAUUCUGCAUUUGUGAAUAAACUCUUGUCUUGAAACAGAUGGCAUAAUGUGUAUUGACU